AUGGAGUUGUUUGUACUAAAAACAUUGUUACUAAUAUUAGCUGCUUCCAAAUCGUUAGCGUUUGAAAAAGAAUCAUUUUCCUUGUUGAUUCCCGAUACCAUACAAAAAAGUCCAGAGGCGUAUGUAUGCUCAGCUUAUCAUUUAAAUAAGUCAGAGAAGAAAUUCAUUGUUGCAUUUGAACCACAAGCAUCCAUGGAUCAAGUUCACCAUAUGCUGCUUUAUGGAUGUUCACAACCUGGGACAUACAACCAGACCUGGGAUUGUGGCUCAACAAUGGCAACCAAGCAUCAUGGUCAUCACGGUCAUGAAUCCAGUCUUCCAUCAGGUGGAGUUUGUGCUGAUGAGUCAAAUAGACAGAUUCUUUAUGCAUGGGCAAGGAACGCUGAGGCACUCGAAUUACCUGAUGGGGUGGCUUUCGAAAUCGGGAAAGGUACCGAAAUUAAGCAUUUAGUGCUUCAAAUCCACUAUGCCCACGCGCCACCAGUCAAAGGAAAAUUUGUGUCCGGGUACCAUGUUCGAAGAGACCACAAUGAUGAAGAUCAGUGGACGUGGACACGAAUUGGAAAAAGAGAUCCGUCGGAACCCCAAAUGUUCUACACUGUAGAGAACAAUGUCAUCGUUAGAAAGGGGGACGUACUUGCUGCAAGAUGUACAAUGGUCAAUGAAAGAGAGUUUACAACUCGAGUUGGGCCAACCUCUGAUGACGAAAUGUGUAACUUUUACAUCAUGUACUGGUCAGAAAAGGGGCUUUUGAGUAGAAGUGGGUGUGGCAGCCCUGGUGCUCCCACUUUCUACUGGGACAAAAUUGACUCCGAAUACCCGGAAUAUCCUGAUCUUCAACUCAACAAUUUACCACCCCACACCGAAACAGACGAAUAA